AUGCCUUUAUCCCGAAAGCUCAAGUUAAUGGGCCUUUUCUCCCUGACCGUAGUGGUGGCCAUCUUUGCAGUUGUCCGCAUCGCGGCUGUGGCUCAGCCGCACAAGUAUUUUGACGCUACUUGGCUGUGGAUGUGGAGUUUGAUCGAAUGCGCAGCUGCAAUUAUCGUCGCUACUCUGGCCUCAUUGCGUCAACUAUAUGUCAAACAGGACUCGAUGCAGAGUUCGUCUCCAUCAAACAAUAGCAGCGACGUCUGGACCAGGGAGAAUAUGCGGUCCUUCAUUCCCAGCAGGAAAGUUGCCCAACAGAAAAUGACAAUCGUCCAUUCGUCUCCUGUGGACGUUCAGCCAAGCAACAUGCGCGGAAAGCCCUAG